AUGGCAGCGAGGGGCGGGCUCUGCCCGCGGAAGGCUCUCAGCCCCCCUUGCCCUGAAGGAAAACCCUUCCCGCCCUUUGCGGCGUCUCCAUGGCCCAAGAGCCCCGUGAGGGGCCGUGCCCGCGCUGGGCCUGAGGCGAGAAAUGCGGAGCGGGACGGGCCGCGGUCGCCCCUCAGCGCGCCAGAACGAGGCGUGGCUCAGUGUCCCUGGGCUCCAAGCCGCCAGGACAGGGCUGCCGCUUCUUCCCCUCGGGAGGCUGAGCCCGAUCCGCAGCUGCUCCUUUCCGGCACUCGGCAGCUCCCAGGCGCUGUCACCGCCGGUCCCGGCCCGGGGCUCGUCUGCUCACACCUGCCUCGGGCGCAAGAAGCCACCUGUCCUAAGCAGGAAGGUGCCACUGCUGAGUGUGCGGUGAAUGAAGAUGUGGGGAAUGAGUUCUGCUCCAGCACUGGGAGUGCGAAGCAGCCCCCGAACUCCCAGAACAGAUCAGAAGCUGUGAACGCACGGAAGAAACCCCGACAAUUCCUGGGCGAGAGGUUCAGAUCCCAUCCCAAGGUCGCCCUGGUUCUGGCCCUGCUCGUGCUCCUGGUCGUGGCUUUGGUGUUGGCCUUGGCUCUGCGGUCAGGAGUUUCUCUUCCGCCUCAGUGGGAAUGUCGAUUACUGGCUCGGGCUGUGCAGACGGGGGGAGCAGCUGCAGUGGGAGGACAGCAGCAGCUUCUAGUCCUCGAUUUUUCAUUCCCAAGGAGUGUCCGGAUGGAGGAGGAAGAAAAGCCUCGGAGAUCCUGCCUGAGGAGGGGCUGCAAACCCAGCGCAGGGAGCUGCGAGGAGGAAAGACCCCUGUUGCCUGGAAUGCAAUAAUCAACGACACAGAGGCAGAGGUCUUCAGCGAAAGCUGCUCCCCACCGAAAAAAAAGGGCUCAGCCUGUUUAUUCUUUUCCUUUUAUAAUCUUGUGGGUUUGGGAGCACAUUGGCUCCUGGGGUUACUACCCCUUCACCCCACUGGCCAGACUAGCUGUCAACCAACAUUAUUUUCAGGCUGGAAAUAUGUAAGCAAAGGACUGAACAAAAACAAGAAGGGUUGUUUAUGUUCUAAAGCCUGAGAAAGUGAAAGACUGACCCUUAAUAUUGCAACAGUAGCUAAAGAACUGACUCCAUCUUACAAGCAAGUAGAAGGCUUCAAAAAAUCUCAGAAAAAAGAGGGCAACAGACCCCCCCCUGUGCCAGGAGGGCAGCCGGAGAUGCAGGCGGAGCUCAGAGCUGGGGGAGAAGCCUGAUGGAGGGGAGAAGCCCCACAAGUGCCUGGAAUGUGGGAAGGGUUUCAGCUACAGGUCCAAGCUGAUCUAGCACCAGAUGAUCCACAGUGGGGAAAAGACCUAUGGGUAGGGGAAAUGUUGGAAGAGCUUUGGGUGUAUCUUUGCUCUCAUCUGGCACCAAGUGAUCCACACUGGCCCUACACCUGCCUGGAAUGUGGGAACAGCUUUAGGGGUAGCUACCACCUGAGAAAACACCAGCACAUCCACACUGGGGAGAGGCCCUACGAGUGUCCCCAGUGUGGGAAGAGUUUCUCACAGAGCUCAACCUUGACCCAACACAAACAGAGGCAUCACCAAGGGAAGCCCUGCGAGUGCCCCGAGAGCGGGAAGAGCUCCGUGCACUUCUCCAGCUCCAUCCCCCAUGGCAGGAUCGGCGUUGGAUGAUCCCCAGUGACCCCCGUUGGGCAGAGCCCUGGUGAUCCGUGGUCCUGGUGUUCUCCCCUGGCUUUGGGGAAGGUGUUGUUGGAGAGAUUUCUUUCCCUUCUCCUUGUCCUGCUGUGCUUUGGUUGGCAGUAAAUUCCCUCCCUGAGCCCAGGCUGGGUCUGUUGUGCCGGUGCUGGUGCUCGGGGAAGGAUUUCUCUCCUCCUCGCCUCUCCUCAGCCAAUCAGAGAAGGCGAUGAACAAGAUUCAGCCAAUCAGAGCGAGCAGGUCUGAUGACUCACCGGUUGCCAGGCAGACCCGCAGUGCCCGGUGUUCCUCUCCUGGACCCCACCCUCCCCACCCAGUCCAGGCUCUCCUGCAGGGUCCCCCCAAGACCCUCCCGGUGCUCCCCAAUAAACGGCGCUGGGGUGAACUGGUGUGGGGACUGACAAUGGUCUGAACUGUAGGCAUCAGGCAGCCACAGUGUCUGUGUGAAAUCAUUCACAUAAUACCUUCAGACAGGCUUGAGAUAGUGGCCUGGGAAAAAUAAAGGAGGAACAAUAACAAUCCUUGGGAAGUGAAGAACAAUCAGCAGGUGGUGUUUUCCCAACGUGUUUACUGGCAAAGAUGUUUACAAAGAGGUGUAAGCUAUAACGAGCAAUCAUAUGAAUUGUACUGAAGUACUGUAUAAAAAGAGAACUCAGAAAACAAAGAUUGCUCUCAUUUUUGCUCUA